AAGGACCACUAUUACGGAAAUACUAGUAUAUUUGAACUAUAUGACUUUUUUGCUGUGAAUCCAGAUUUUUCAAGCUAAUUAUCUGAAUUAAAUUCGUUAAUCUUUAAACUUGAAAAGAAAAAAAUAAUUGGGAACGCCCCUAAAAAUUUGGAUAAUCGGUCAAUCGAUCGAUUACGUCAUGUGACGUCAUAAACAGAAUGCCGGCUUUCCAGAAAGCUGAAAGUGUGUGUGUUGACGGUAGAACUUCGUGUACUUCCAUCAGAGCGAGUCAGAAUUCAAACCAGUAGUAGUAGCUUCUAGACCUUCAUUUUAGUAUUAUUAUAUAUCCCAAUUCAACAAUUAUGUCUUCUUCGUCGGACAACGAAGACGGCACAUCGGGAUCCGAUUUCAGCGAUAUUUCUGAUUUGGAAAAUGAUUUGGAAAAUCGAGAAGAAGUAGAGGAGAAUAUAGGUGCGCAGCCAUAUAUGUUUGAGCCGGAAAUUUCCGAUUCAGAGGAAGAAUCAGACGAGGGUGAUGACGCUCCUGAUUUUAACAUCGACGAAGAUAUCGACGGGAGGCUUGGCAAUAACGAUUGGUGUUCAUGCAGUGGAGGUUGCAUCCCAAUGCCAGUGGUGAGGGAGUGUGUCUGCUGUAAGCAGAUUCACCAGAUCGUGCGGAAAAUGGACGCAUAUCCCCAUGGUGAGCUGAACUGCAUCACAGAACACCCAGGCUUCCAAACGGUGUGCCUGGACGUAUGGGUGAUGGAAACGGCAUACCUACAUUAUCGCCAGCAGUAUGGGGGACAGGCGAGACAAGAUGCCACAGAAAAUCAGAAAUACAGGCAUGUAGCAUAUAGGCAGCUCGUUAGAUGGUGCUGGGGGUUCUUAGGCAGAGCAGUACGUGUUCCUCUUCCAUCAUGUGCCGUGACAAGAAUUCGUGCUGCGUUUCCAUCAGAAGAAUACAGGGGUUUUGAAGAGGCGUAGACUUAUUUGUAUAAUUUUGCUGUACGAUAUUUUGUUGUUUCCUUUUUCAGCUUGUCACCAUUUAUGAGGGAAGAUAAUAUUUUACAGGAAAAUGUUUUACUUUCACCUUACUACUGAUAUUUUUAUGACCGUUCUAUGACAUAUUAUCAUCAAUAUAAUGUUUUUUUAGUUACUGGUAUAGGAACUCUAUAAUAUAUAUUAGCUCAGGCAUUUUUUGAAAUGCCCCUUAGGGCAUAUGUUCUUCUGUUUUUGUUUUGUUGUUGUAUCAUUUAAUUUGUUUUUAAUUGGGCUUGGAUAUAACUCAUGCACAAAUGUCAGCAUUAUGCAAAGGGGAAAGUACAAUUAAAUAUUUUAAAUAUGUAUGUAUCAGAAUCGUUUUUCGAUGAGUGUAAGCAAUUUCCCAAGACAGUUUUAUUAUUUGACGAAAACAAUUAUACCGAGUGCUAGUGACUGACACAUAUGAUCUAUUAUUUGCUCUGCUCAUUCAUGUGAUCAUCAUUAUUGUUGCUUCACAACAUUUGUUUCUUCUUCUUACGGUCACUUUUUUUACAGAUUGUUCAACUUCUAGAUUUGAUCGAUUGUUGUAUUUAUUUGUAUGUACCAUUACUUAUAUAUUGUUCUAGAUCUUAACUUGAUAACUCUUAAAUCGUUUAUAAAUGAUGUGGAAAAUCUUAAUUUUCAUAUUUAAUUCCUAUACCUGGAUAUCAGUUGCACAUGGGGGUGUGCUACAUUGUGACUACUAGUAUGGUAUGAAUUAUAUUUGUAUUUUUCGCCCAACUAUGUGAGGGAUGGAUUAUUUUCACAGACAUGCAAAAACAAUUCAGCUGCUUCUAGUCGGAGUUUCAUUAUUUAUAAGUAUUUGACUUGAGCAUUUUGAUGUAUUUGAUAUUGUAUUGUUAAGUUAAAGAUGCAUACAUGGAUCUCAGUUCUGAACGAUAACUUUAUCGGCAAACAAGGUCUGCCAUUAAAAAAAAGUGUUAUGGCAUUUUUUUGCUUUGAAACUUA